AACUAACCAUCACCUCUUGAGACUCUUGACCAAUUAUCUAUCUUCACUUCCAGUUACUCAUUCAUGUCUUCCAACGAUAAGCUUUUGGUUCACACCAGCUUUGGGCCAGUGGUCGGGUUUCAAGAUACUCAUCCACUCAGUGAUCGAUCGACAGCUUCAAGUGUAGCAAGUGGUCAAAUCGGAGAUCAGCUCCCGAUCAACAAGUGGCUUGGAAUACCUUAUGCUCAAGCAGCAAGAUGGAAACGUCCUACACCUCCAAAAGCGUGGAAGGAACCUCUUCCGUGCCAUGAGUUCGGCCCAUACUUUCCACAACAACCAGAUCCCGCUAUGUUGCUCUAUUUGGGAAAGGCAGGACUUCACCCCCGAGCUUGGCGAGAGCAAUCAGAAGAGAAAGGUCACAACUUGAAUGUCUUCCUACCUGAUGGGGUUCAAGCAGGCGAUAAAGUUCCCGUACUGGUUUGGAUUCAUGGAGGUGCUCUUUUGUACGGGAGUGCCUGUCUAUCGCUCUACGAUCCUACCGAAUGGAUUCGUCGAGAAGCUGCCGAAGGACAAAAGUUUAUCGUCGUGACGGGUAAUUAUCGACUGAACCUGUUCGGGUUUCUGUCUUCUUCAGAAUUGGCGGCCCAGGAUGAGGAUGGAUUAUCAGGAAAUUAUGGUGCUUAUGACUGUAUAUCUUAUCUUCAGUGGGUCCAAGACAAUAUUGCAAAGUUUGGUGGCGACCCAGACAAUGUGACUGCCUUUGGGGAAUCAGCUGGUGGUGCGAUGAUUUCAAAUCUUCUCUUAUGCCAGAAGAAACUUUUCAAGAACGCGAUCCUUCAAUCUGGUACUCCUGGUACAAUGCCUAACAAAGACCCUAAAUCGGCUGACGCGUUUUACGAGGAACUAUGUGACAAAGCUCUGAAGACCACUUCCAAAGCCGAGCGUCUCGCAGCUCUCCGAUCACUCCCAGCCGAUGAACUCUUACAAUACACUCCUCAAACCCUCGGCACCCUAGGGAUUUCAGUUGAACAGUCUAGUAAAGGGAUUUGGACUACUGCUUCAUCAAACGAUGCUUUGAAAGAAGGCAAAUGGAGUCCAUAUGUCAAAUCAGUGAUGUUAGGCGUGACGAAAGACGAAGGAAGUAUGUUUGUGAUGCUUUUACAAGCCACUUCAAAAGGCGGAUACGACUUCAUGUGUGAGAGAAUGUAUUCCAAAAUACCACGAGAGCAUCUCGAUAAGCUUUAUCCCCCGGUUUUCCCGGAUAGCAAAUCUGGAGGAACUUCAGACUACACUUCUAGUGUGGCAUGUCAGCUUAUAUCCGAUCAAGCCUUCAACGCACCUACAGAAAACUGUGCCAACAUUUUGAGCUCCACUCCUAAUGCUCAAACCGGUGAACGUCUCUCGGUGUAUAUGUAUAAAUUAAGCGCUACAGUAGAUAAGAUUGAGGACGGACGAGGCUUAGGCGCAUUUCAUUCGGUCGACAUUCCUUUCAUUUUCAAUAUCAAAGGGGCCUGGUCGGAAGAUUCUACCAAUGCGAAGACUUCGGCUUUGAUGGGCAAGUACUGGUACACUUUUGCUAAAUCUGGGUGUCCUGAAUCUACUUGGCCACAAUAUGAUAUUGCUGCACCAUUCCGAACGGUCUUUGAAGUCGAUGGUGGUACUAGCGUUGAAGAUAUGGCUGGCAAGUCUGAGCUUGAAAAGGCUCGACACGCGUUCUGGAACCAAAUAUCAUGAGUCUCGUUGAAGACCAACGAUAUGAAAAAUUGCAUGUUCGCAAAGCUUUGGCUUUUUAUCCUGAAAAUAUCUUUUCUACGACGGACAAAGUUUUUAUCAUCAACAAUGCACCAGAUACGCUUACUUCUUGACUAAAGCCGUGACCCAAUAAACGUGAUUUAAACUCCAUUUUAGCCUCUCAGAAUAUGUAUCUCCUCACCCCUCAUCUUGACGAGUGUAUCUUAUCUUGGCUGAAUCUCAUGUAUAUCGUAUCCGAUCUUACUUCGAAUGCCAGCCUUGGAACGAUUUAGUUUGUUCUGAACCG